GGGCGCGGGUGAGAGCUCCCUGCGAUCAGUGUGUCGGCGCGCGCCGCCGCCGCCAUGGGCAACCAACAUUCAGCCUCACACGCCUCUCUAAAGCCCAGGAAGAACGUGCACUGGAAAUCCGCAGGGCGGCCGGCAGCACCAGGAAAACCGGAUAUUAUUCCGAUAUUAACUGAUGAUGAACCGAAUGCGAUCACGCUGAAAUGGACGCCGGCAGCCCACGAUGGGGGUGCCCCUUUACAGGGUUAUCAAGUAGAAUGCAAUAGGCUUGGCUCAGCUGACUGGAUUCGCACUGCGCCACCUGUCGUAGUUCGCCCUGAGUUGGUUCUCAGUGGCCUCGAGCCUCCGCAUCGCUAUCAGUUCCGUGUUGCAGCUCUGAAUGGUGUCGGUCGCUCCGAAUACAGCGAAUUAUCUGACGUCCUCACCGUCAGCUUCGAACGAGGCGCCCAAGAAGCACCCAUUUUUCUUGAGCAUCUGAAUGAUAUUACCGCACUUGAGAAUGACAAAACGGAGUUCCGUGUUACUUUCACUGGUGCGCCAACACCCACCAUCGCUUGGUUUAAAGAUGACUAUGAAAUAUUCAGUAGCAGACGCACGGCGAUCACGACCACAGAGUCAAACAGUGUACUCGUGUUUCACCAAACUCUCGCAAGUGAUGAAGGUGAAAUAAAAUGCACUGCAACCAACCGAGUAGGACAUGCAGUCACAAAAGCGCGCCUCGCUCUAGAAGCGGCACCAAAAUUGCGUUAUCCACGACAAUACGAAGAUGGUUUGUUAUACGAAAUAAACGAAACUGUAUAUUUAAAAACGACAAUCGUGGGUAAACCUACUCCUACUAUUGAAUGGAGACACGACGGUCAACCCAUAGUCGUCGACGAACGAGUGGAAAUUUCAAAUUCUCCCAAAUUCUCUGUGCUAAAAAUUCAUUCAGCAAGAAGGAGCGAUCGAGGGGAAUACCAAAUACAUGCAAGAAACAAUAUAGGUGAGGAUAUAGCAGCGUUUUUGGUAACAAUAACUGCACCGCCAGACCCGCCGAGGCGUGUUUCUGUCACGCGUCAAGUUGACAAAUCAGUUACAUUAGAUUGGGAGCCACCGGAGGACGAUGGAGGUUGUCGCAUCGGCAACUAUGUUGUCGAAUAUUAUCGCAGCGGUUGGAACGUAUGGCUAAAAGCUACCACAAGUCGAAAGACAAAUGUGACCCUGUUUGAUUUGAUAGAAGGGAGCGAAUACCGAUUUCGUGUUAAAGCCGAAAGCCCAUAUGGCAUGAGUGCGCCGAGUGUAGAGUCGGCACCAGUGAAAAUACCAGGAAGAGCUGUGGACAUGGAAUUCUUAGCAGUGGAGUCUCGUAUUAUAAACGAAGUGCUGACACGAGAGGAAGGAGAGGAGCCACGAGUUUCGCCGGCUCCUCGCCGCAAGCGAGCACAGACCACAGCUCCUGAAGCAGCACCACCGGCGCGAAUGAUGCGUACCUCCCCAGCUAAAGACAAAGAUCCUACCGGAAGCAGCGAGUUCAUGCUCGUCCUCUACCCGGACAGCAAAUCGGAUGACAAAACCGAAAAGAGAAAGUCUUUCCAAUUGGACUUGGAGGAUGCUCUAUCUCCGCCACCCAUUUCUCUGUCAGCACCUGAGCUUAGUUCGCGUUGCAUUAUGCCUUUCAAGGCCCUCCGCAAUGCUGUCAGCUCAACAGAACUCCUACAUGAAAGAGCUAUGGCACGAUUUUAUAAAGCCGUGGCUAUGAAAGAAGAACAAACAAAACAAACUAAAGAGGAUAAACCUAAAACUGACCACAAUGCAGACAUUCCGUACGACAAUAGCCGCGAUAUAAUAAACAACGAUAAUGAAACAUUCACAUCGCCAUCAGAACCGAUUCAAGCAAAACUAGUAAUGCCAAAUAUAAUUAUCAAAUCAGAUUCUGUUGAAGAUCGAGAAUACGAAUAUAACUCGCGACAAGCUUCUCAAGAUUCGGAAACGUCCGAAAACAGAUGGCAUCAAAAUAUAUCAUUCGAUGAAGAUUACACAGCGAGUACUGUGUCAACAGAUGGAGAUUAUUCAGAUGAUGGUAGCUUAGAUGGAGAUUUAGAUAGAAGAAGCCAGUACUCAAAUGAAGAAGACACAUACAAUCCGAGAAAUAAAGUAUCUCGACCUUCUUCUCAUGAUGAUCUAAUGGAAGAAGAAGAAGAAGAGUCAGAAAGAGAAAUACUAAAACCUCUACCUCUGCCCGAUCCUAAUUUUGUACCCAAACCGAUAUUGAAACGAAGGGACUUAGACAUACCAGAAACUAAGCCUGUGCCCAAUUUAACAUCACAAAACUCAAACGAAAAACCAAAACUAGGAGAAAUAAACAUCAAAGAAGAUAAACAAAAGAAAGAUGACAAAAUGAAGAUAUUCAAAAGAAUUACUAAAAUGCCAGUUCAGAAACCUUUCCAAUUCCCGAAAUUACUUUCUAAAAAGGAACCUCAAAAAUUACCACAAGAUAAUUUACCUAACGACACAAACAAGAAGAUUAACAAAAUAGAGAAAGUUCAAGAUAAAAUUAGCGAGGAAGGUAGAACCGUAAUAGAUUAUUAUACUAAUAUUGUAAAAGAAUAUGGUGGUCAAAAGAAACCUGUGACACCUCUUUACCUAAACACGGAAGACUUGAAGAAUGUUGCAGAAAAACAACAAUAUGUAGAUGAAACAAGAACCAAAGAAAGGAAAACAGUUAAACCAAAAAAGACAAUAGCCAAUAAAACGAAUGAUAUCAAAACGCCGGUAAAUAAAAAUAAAACUGCCAAUUCCAUUACAAAACCUAAACCGAAACAGGUACCUAAUAUGGAAAAACCAAAAUUAAUAAAAAAAGAAAAACUAACAACGCGUAAUUCUAUAGAUAAACAAAAUAAUUCCGAGGAAACACAAAACAGAAAAUGUACCCAACAAAUAGUUUUGAAAAAAACUGAACGAGCAACUAUUGUAAUACCUAUAGAUUAUCAAGAGCUAGAGGAAAAGGCUAAAGUAACUGUAAGAUCUGCAAUCGAUUACAUGGUAGAUAUGUGCCUACUGCUUUUAGCUUUCUGGGUUUAUUUCUUUAAAGAUGAGAGACUGGCAAUCCCUUUCCUGAUACUCAUUAUCUAUCGGCAGUUGCAAGAAACACUUUUAUCAAAUAUACCAGAGUGGGUUAAGCGCCACACUCCAAGUUGGAUCAAGAAAAAAACUUCCUGACCUU